CGCCCCCGGGGGGCGGCGGGGCCUCCUCGGACCAGAUCAUGCAGACGGGGGCGAUCCUGCUGCGGGCGUUCGUGCGGGACCGCGUGGAGCGCUGCGGGGACCCGCAGGCCGUGGCGCUGAGCGUGGCGGAGCUGGGCGAGCCCCAGCCCAGCAGCCCCGACACCAAACGGCUCAGCGAGUGCCUGCGGCGCAUCGGCGACGAGCUCGACAGCAACAUGGAGCUGCAGAGGAUGAUCGAGCAGGUGGGCUGUGACGCCCCCAAAAAGCUUUUCUUCCGCGUGGCCAAGGAGAUGUUCGCCGACGGCACCUUCAACUGGGGCCGCGUCGUCGCCCUCUUCUACUUCGCCUGCAAGCUGGUUCUGAAGGCGCUCUGCACCAAGGUCCCGGAGCUGGUGCAGACCAUCCUGGGCUGGACCAUGGAGUACCUGCGGGAGCACGUGCUGGCCUGGAUCCAGGCCCAGGGCGGAUGGGUGAGUCCCUGGAUGCCCCCCCUGUCCCCCUGAGCCCCCGCCCUGGACAGGCCCUCCCCCGCCCCCCCCCCCGGCCCCCCCCCCCCCCCCCCCCACCGUCCCCCCCCCCCCCCCCCGGGGGCCCCGGCUGGGACCCUGCCAGAUUUGGGGGGGGGUUAGCGGGGUGGGGGGCACCCCACUUCCCCUCCCACGUCCCCCCCAGCCCCGGUGCUGGGCCCCCCUGAGCAGCAGGGGGGCCACGGUCCCCGGUGACCCCCCCCGGCCUCAGAGC